CACACACACACACACACACACACACACACACACACACACUCUAACUCUGCCUCACUCGUUCUUUCACUCUCUCCUCUUUCUCUCUCUCUCUCUCUCUCUCACACACACACACACACACACACACACACACACACACACACACACACACACACACACACACACACACACACACACACACACACACACACACACACACACACACACACACACACACACACACUCUUUCUGUGACUCUCUCCCUAUCACACUCUCACACACACUUACACACUUACACAUUCACUCUCUCUCCUCAUUCAACUCAUUCUCAGCCACGGGUCAGCAGCACAGACAAGCACCUUAUUCCAGUCCAGCUGGAGAGAGGAGCAUCGCAAGGUGCACACAUCGUAAGACAGGACACUGACUGACUGCAGCCGUAAAAGAAGGACGCAAGCCAAGGAACAGAACAAGCUUUCGGAGAACAAGGAAACAACAAAAAAUAACAGAAUGCUUUUGGCAAUGGAUUUACAAAGUGAAUUGUUUUCCGGUGAAUAAAAGCUGAAAUACAAAGAAGAGGAGAUCAUCAUCAGACACACAAGUUAAGAAACAAACUCAUCCGGGAAAGAGGACUGGUUGGAAGCCCAGGUUCCUCUCUGCUCUGCUGUUUGGAAGCCCAGGCUCCUCUCUGCUCUGAUCCUCAGUGACAGGGUCUGCUGCUCCCUCGAUCAUCACCCCUUCCCACCCUCAGAGAGCGACGACUCACCUGGACCACACAGCCCGGGUCUCCAGCCAGCCAGCAUGCAUACUGCCUGUGCAAUGUGCACCUUGGGAGUCUGACCCACCAUGUGCAGAUGGAUGCCACCCGUCGUUAGUCUCCGUCCUGACCUCGCUGCCAUUGGCACUGCCCACGCUGGGCUUCCGCCCUUGCCCAGUGCUGCAUCCCUUCGCUUGGCGUUCCUCACCCUGUUCCUGGUGGCUGGCACAGCUCUGGGGGGCUGCCCGCUCGGGGUAGGGCAUGAACCCCUCCAAGUACUGGCGAGAGGCAUCAACUGCUCAUGGACACUGGAGCGGCACACACGCAGUUACAAUCACCUAGAGGGCGACGUCCGACUACGGCGGCUCUACUCCGCCAACAAGUUCUUUCUCUGUAUCGACAAAACAGGCAAGGUGGACGGCACCAGACGGAAAAACUACGCUGAAAGUCUAAUGGAAAUCCGAUCUGUCAGUGUGGGAGUCGUCGCCAUCAAAUCUGUCAGCACCGGGUUGUACUUAGCAAUGUCCAAAAAAGGCACACUCUUUGGAUCGAUGAAGUACAAUCCUAAUUGUAAGUUCAAGGAGCGCAUCGAGGAGAAUGGCUACAACACGUACGCCUCCCUGCGCUGGAAACACGGAGGCAGGCAGAUGUUUGUGUCUCUGAACGGUAGGGGGAAGCCCCGGCGAGGCCACAAAGCUCGGAGGAGACACCCCUCCACCCACUUCCUCCCCAUGCUGCCCUCAUAGCUGGACAACAGGGCUCUGCUCUGCUUUGCAGCCAGCCCACCACAGUCCCAGUCCAUCCUACUAGUGUUGUUGUUAUCAAGAUAACUAUUGAUGAUGUUAUUAUUAUUCUAUACAUCCUCUCUCCCAUAUAUGUACAUUUGUUGGGGUUUUAUACACAAUUUUGUUUGUCGAGAUCGCAGUGGGGGCAUAAUACAGUACGUUUAAGUUAUUCCUUUUUUAGUGUAAGGUCCAGAAGUAAAGCUGCUAAUAUUGUGUAAAUACAGCAUGUCUAUUAUUAUUAUGAUUGGUUAUCAAGCUGAGGGAUGACAUUGAUGACGCUCUUCUGUGUUCAGGAGUAAUUUUGACACCACCGUCGUCUGCAAAAGUGUGUAAUUGAAACAUGCCCCCCCUUUAAAGGGUACGAGAAUUGUCUAUAUAUUGCCUCCCUCCCAUCCCUUCAUUUGUGACUCUACAGGAGACAAUGCUUUUCCUUGAGUGACCUUACAAUAUGCUAUUAAAGCAAACAACUGGUGAAAGAAGCCUGACAAACAGUGAACAGAUUUGAACAAUGAUUUAGGUUGUCAAAUAUGUUCAUCUGAGCAAGUAACUAAAGCAUUUGAGAGAGGACUCUCUUAAGAUACUGAAUGUCCUUUACAAUAAAAGUACUCUUGCACUUGACUGGACUUCAGAGGGGACAGAAUUCCUUGUUGACGAAAACAUUUGGACUGAACGUUCAUACCCAUGGAUGUCUGCUAUAAGAGAAAAACAUCAACUGACCACAUCUGGCUAUCGGUUCUUUUGGGUUUCUGAAAUGAGUGUGUGAGCUCUGCAGAAGUCCCACUGGGCAAAAACUAGUUGAAACAACAUUGUUACCACAUCAUUUCAACAAAAUAAUUCAGUGUGAUGACGUUGAAUCGACGUGAAAACUGAUUGGAUUUGCAAAAAGUCAUCAACGUAAGGGGAUUUUGCCAGUUUCCACCUAAAUGUUUACCUAAUUUCAAUGACAUGGUGACUCAACCAAAUAUAAAUCCAAACUAGAUGCUGAAAUGACAUCUGUGCCCAGUGGGGUGUGCUUCAGCCUCCUUCUCUCAUUCAAUAAUCCUACACCACUAGCUCAGGGGUCAAUCUUUGAAAGUGGGACUCAUGACAUUAUCUCUGAUGUGUCAGUUCCAGAGUCCAGUAGUUAAAUGCAUACGGUACUCCGUUUGAAACACGUUGAGCAUUUGAGGCUGUAUGUACACUUCUUCACAGUGCUAAGACUACCCAUUCAUUUCUAACGUAUGGCAACUGGUUAUUGCAUUGUCUUGUCAGGUCUUGUUACCAUUUUCAAAACCCUGUUGCAAAUAGAACUUUUAAUAUAUUUAAGCCUUUUUGUACCGUAUAACAUUUGAAGUUGAUGUUAUUGCCUCCAUUUUGUGUCUAGUCUGAAAAUCCUAACUGUAUUCCAUUCCAUAUUUUAGUCUAUACUAUGUGUUACUGUAAUAUGGCACCUCCUAACAUCACUAUCAUAAUCUACUGAGUGGUCAGCAAUGACAGUGUCUACCAGAACACCCGUUUCAACUAUCAGUCAGCUAUUAAGCAGACAAUAUUGGUCUGUCAAUUGAACACUGUCAUCAUAAGCGAGUGCCUUGAUUCAUGUUCAGCCUGGUGAACUUCAAUAAAAUGCACAUAAAUUACA